UUGUUAUCAUCUCACCGCACCCACCUCCUGCUGCUGCCCUCGCCUUCCUGUGCUUUCCCCAGUAUUGCGUGGGUUGUUCUCUCGUGUUCUUCUUGCGAUCGCGUGGGUUUGGCUUUCCCCCUUUGGCUGGCUGGCUUGUUGGUUGUUGGUCGUUGGUUGUUGCACCCCUCGCCGCUUGCUCCUCCAGCCUCAACAUUUUUCUGCGCUUGCCGCUGCUGUUCCCUUGCCUGUUGAUCCGCUGCGUGUUUUGCGCCCCGCUGAUCCCUCUCGUGGUUUCUUUCCCAUUUUCACCCAGCGAUCGCCCUUCCUUCCCCACCUUUCCACCGAGCCCCUUCUGCCGUCUGUCUCUGUCUCUCUGAUCGGGACAAGCCAUUACAACCGCAAGCCCCUACAGCUCUCAACAUCGCAUUUCUCCCAGCGGCAUCAUCCCCAUCAACACCACUGCACAACAAACGCCUCCCACCUAUUUGAUCUCUUCUCCCCACUCUGAUCCCACCAGUUUCUUCUCUCUGGCUUUUACCGCGUCCGUCGCUUGCUCUUGUUGAAGCACAAAGUGGUGACAUCCAUCGUCGCUUUGAACUUCAGCAGCCAGCAAGUCCGCUAGUCCUCAAGUUCCAAGUGCUCCAAGUACCAAGAGCAAGGCCAACCGCCCUUCUUCAAUCAACCAACAAGAUGGUUCUCCCAAACGGUGGCUUCUCCCCUCACCCGAACGUUCACGUCCCGGCCGUCCAUCAUGAUGCGACCGCCGUCCAACCGGAUCACAUCGACGAUCAUCACGAGACGUUGACCGGCUUUGAGCCGUCAGCCACCUACCUUGCCACUCGCGCCGACACCACCUCCAAGACGUCCAGCACGGCCGCCCUCAAGAAGUUCGUGGAGGGCGAGUCCACCUCCUCUGGCCGCUGCAGCGUCUCCUCUGCUGUGUCGCGCGACCCUUCCCAGUCGCCGCCGUCUGCGCCGUCCUCGCCGCACGUGGCCGCACGCGCCCUGCCGCUGGAUCGCCUCGACAAGAAGCAGCAGCAGCGCCAGCAGCUUGCCAGCCUCGCGGCCGCCAUGGACGCGCCCGCCCCCAAGUACCGCCACCAGCAGCACCACCUCUCCAUGAGCGAUGUUGACGAGGAGCCCAGCACCCCCGAGGAGGACAAGACCCCGAGCAGUGCCGACAGCCUCGACAGCACGGUCAACGCAGCCUUCUUCUCCCCCAUCUCCCCCUCCGCCCUGGAGACAAGCACCGCUGUGGUCAAGAAGGACGUCAAGAAGAUUGCGGCCGAGCUUGCUGCUCCCACCGCCGCCAUCACCACCAAGAAGACGGAUCCCGUGACCGUCCUCACCGCUCCUCUCCGCACGAAGCGCCGCAAGCCCCUGCGCCCCUUCCACAUGACGCGCGCCGAGUUUGACCAGGCCAAGGGCAUCAGCAUCGCCUUCCAGCCCCUCAAGAAGCAGCCGUUUGCCAUCACCAGCCGCAACGACUACCAGGUCGGGUCUGCGGGCCUGUACAGCCAGCUCACGGCCGCCCCCAGGCCAACCCUGCCCAAGAGAGCUGCCGCUGCAACCAAGACGAGGAGGGCGUCUGCCAAGACGGCAACCAAGCCCGCACCGCCCGUGCCCGGCCUCAAGACGCUCAAGAAGAAGCAGGAGCUGCAGGAGCUGCAGCGCCAAAUCCUCGCCGAGAAGAAGGCCGCCGCUGCCGCCGCUGCUGCCGCCGCCCGCAAGGAGGCUGCAGCCGCCAAGGCGUCCAAGAAGGCUCCAACGCUGGCACAGCGCAAGAAGCAGCAGCAGCAGCAGCCCAAGAAGAAGAAGCAGAUUGGUGCUGCAGGCGGCACCGCAGCAGCGCGCCGCAAGUCGAGCAACAGCAGCGCCGGUAGCAAGGCACGCACGCCCUCGUACCCGGCUGGCUCGCGCACCAACCCAAACAAGCGCUGCAAGUGCUGCGGCUGCAACACCACCCCGCUCUGGCGCGACUUUGGGCCCAACCUGCCCCUGUGCAACGCAUGCGGCAUUCGCUUCAAGAAGUAUGGCUGCGUCUGCCGCGAGUGCAUCUACGUCCCCUGCAAGCAGGAGUCCAGCCUGAGCUACUGCAAGCGGUGCAAGGCCAAGCGCUCCUACCUGCGCCGCCCCACGGCAACGGAGCUCAAGGCCCUCGACUCAAGCGUCAGCAAGUGAACUGAACCCUCGCCCACCGCUACGGCAACAGCGGCGGCGACGAUGAUGAUGUGUAUGAUACAUACGUUUGAUGAUGUGCAUGUGGCGGUCAACAGUGCGGAUUAGUGCCCUGUGUGUCCUCGGUUGUGCAUGCGCGCACCUAGCUUGCAGCGCGUGUUUCAACGUGGACCGUCUUUUCCUCUCUUUUAAUUGGAUCCCUCCCCUCUUCCCCUCUUAUCCCUCUGUAUUGGUUUUCCCGCAGCACAUCUUCAUACUUCUUCGUACUCUCGUUUUCUUCUUCUUUGGCGCUUUGCUUUGCGUUGCUUUGCUUUCCCACCGCUUUCAGCCCGCAACCCCCAUCGCUCGCUCCUCCCUCGUCUUUUUUUCCUUUGUUUUCCUUGACUCACCUCACACAAAUGUUCUCACAACGCGGUUGUGCUGUUGAGUCACUGAUGCAUGCAUGUGAGCCACUGGUGCAUGUGCUGCCCCAGUUUCCCUUCUUUCUUUCUUUCUUUCUUUCUUUCUUUCAUUCUUUCAUUCAGUGUGAGCGAUGGUUCGGUGACGCUACGGGUUUGUGCAAACGAUGUUUGAUCGACUUGGUUUGUUUUUAACAACACGAUCCAACCAGUCUCUGGUCCCCCCCCCUUUUUUUUUCUUUCUUUCCUUAUUGAUGCUUGAUGCGUUUCCAAGACCCCAUGGGCUUGUCAUCACCACCACCACCUUGUGCCUUGUUUGGUGCUCUUGGUGAGUGUUGUUGCGAUCGCUCUAGGAAUUCGCACCUCGUGUUCCUUUUCCUUCUUUUUACGUUCAUAUCUAUGUGGUUGGUUGGUUGGUCUCAUUUCGCCAGUUGCCC